AUGUCGUCACCUGCCGAGUUUGUCGCAGUCGAAAACGUCAAAAACACUCAAGACGACGAACAGCCUAUUCCUGCCACUGAGUGCGACAUGUGCUCGAAAAUCCUCCAAGUCUUCCAUGGCCCUGCAUAUCUAGGGAAAGAAAAUGAGGAUGUUCAAGUCAUCAGAUUGGGAAAAAUUGCCCUCCUCCUCGAAGUCAAAUGUCCGCAUACAACUUGGCUCAGAGAUAAAGACUUUGUAAACGGCCCUGUUCCUUGUUACGAAACGCAUGAUCUCCUUUUCCAUAGGUGGGCGCGACAUCCCCGGGGUUUUUUCGGUGUUUCCUACCGAAGAAACGAUUGUCCAAAUUGGAGUAUAACUCACUCUUCUGAGUUGGUGUUUCGACCUGAGAUACCUGAGCAUCCCGGGACUGUUCGGAUUCUGGAUGAGAGCUGGAUCGACAUAAAUCUCGUCAAAGAAUGGCCCUCCCGGUGCAUCCAAAUCCACGGAGAGAGGUGUAACAAGACUGUUGGGGAUGUUCCGCCUUUCAAACCUGGACUCCUGAUCGAUGUAAUCCAAGGCUGUAUCGCAGAGUGCCAGGAGGCAAGACCCAGGUUUAUUACCUUAUCUUAUACUUGGGGGGAAAGCAAGAAUCUUCGUGUUGCGAAAUCUAAUCUCGAAGAACUUCAAAAACCGGGCGCGUUAAGAUCCAAAAGUAUUGCCAUGCAGCUACCUGCAACCAUCCUGGGCGCUAUUGAACUUACAAGAGCUAUGGAUGUCAGGUGGUUGUGGGUUGACAGUUUGUGCGUUCCACAAGACGACGAUAUAAGCCUACAGCGUGACCUAGCAGCCAUGCAUCUUAUCUAUGCGACUUCGUUCCUCACCAUCAUCGCUGCUGAUGGUGAAGAUGCAGAGUAUGGUCUGAGAGGCUUACGAGGAAUCUCAAAGCCGAGAGUCAUUGACCAAAGGGUCGAGCCACUUGCUCAAGGGGAGAGACUUGUCUACUGGCCGAGGGAAUGGAGCGGUAAAGAUGGCACGAAAGGGCUCAUGUAUCACCAUCGCAUGUGGACUUCUCAAGAACACCACUUUUCCAAAAGACGACUAAUUUUCGAAAACGGACAGGCCACUUGGCAGUGUAAUCACGCCGAGUGGACCGAGGACCACCUCUAUAACCCAGAACAUGAAAGAAUACAGAAGAAACCGACUGAAGGUUACAUUGGACAUGAAGCCUAUUUGAAAGUGCCGAGUUUAGAUCGUCUAAGCGACCUUGUCGGAGGAUUCAACUGGAAGACUUUGCGCUUGGGAGAAGAUGUGUAUAACGCCUUCUCGGGAUAUAACACAUAUCUAAACAGUAUAUUUCCUCACGGUCUGGUAUACGGCCACCCCGAACUAUUUUUUGAUAUAUCGCUAUGCUGGAAACCGAGCGGUUGUGUCCGAAGAAGAACAGUCUCGGCACGAUAUAUCGGGGAUCCGCUACGUACUGGACUGCCUAGCUGGUCGUGGAUGGGUUGGGAAGGGCAAAUACAAUUUCCCGACGAUGGCGAAGGUGAAAUAAAUAUUCUCGGCGAAAUGGGUUUCACCGAAGCUGUCACCGAUUGGUACGCUAUGGAGUAUCCUGGAUCAUCCCAAAAACAACCCAUCCAUUCUCAAUGGAGCCAGUGUAGAAAUGCACCUGCUGGAUCGAUGAAUGAAGUAUGGCGAUGCGAAGAAUUCAAGCCUCCAGGAAUUGACUACAACAAAAUGCGAGUCCAAGAUGAUUAUUCUAUAGAGCCUGAGUCGAUGCCAAAGGAGAUACCGCACCAUAUAUACCAUUGUUCUCUUGGUGGUACUCCGGUAUCGACGGCGCGAUGGUAUCCCGUACCUUUGAACUUAGAUAAAUCAGACGAGUCAGAAGCCGGGCUGCACAGCGGGUUUCAGUACCUAUGGUGCCAAACAUUUCGCGCAUAUCUCACAGUCACUCAAGAUAUUAUUGCAAGUAACGUGGAUCAAAAGUUUCACCUACUCAAAGGUCAGAGUGGCAUUGUGGUAGGAGCAUUGCUUCUCCAUGACGAAGACGAUGGAAAAUUGUUCCAGCAAGAAACACGGGUCGAGCUUAUAGCGAUUGCCAAAGGCUGGACGGUCGUUCUGAGUUGUUACGGCGCCUAUAACUCUAUGGAAAAUGAGAUUGAGACCGAGUCAGAAUCGGAAGACGAAAAAACGGUGACAGAAUCCUUGAAUAAUCUACAGAUGGAAGAAUGCGAUGUUCCGAGGAUACUAAAGCAGGACCCUAUUCCGUGGAUGGAAACGUGGAACGAUGCCAAGAUGGAUAAGCAAGACUGCUAUCAUGUACUUUGGAUCGAAUGGAAGGAUGGGGUGGCUUACAGAAAGUCCUCUGGUUUUGUACUAGAGGAAGAGUGGGAAAAGGUGGCAGAAGCCAAUAAAGUCGACAUAACUCUGGGCUGA